AUGUACGGUGUUUAUGCCAUUUCAUUUAUAUUUUUCCAUUUGUAUUUCUGUAUGGACAAUAAAGAGGCUCUGAAAAAACUCAUCCCCAUGUCAGACGACGAAUUAGAAGAUCUAGCACAGAACGACAUUAAGAUAUCUUCGCCCUCUCUUGUAGAAACACCAAUGCACCUCAGCUCACCAUCCAAGACCAUCUAUGGAGACUUUAGUAUGAACUCCUUUGUGAUUGUUGAUACUGCAGAUGCAACAGUGAAGGAAGACAAUCCAAAUGUGUACAUGGAAUCUAUAAUUGAUUUGUUUAGGACACUCAACAUGAAGAUAGAUUCCCUUUCUAAGGACAGAAGUAUGGAGAGGAUGGUGCUAGAAAAGACUCAUGGGCUGUUGACUGUGAAUGAUUCCAAGGGUGCAUUAGAUACACUUCGACAGCUGAGAGACGUAGGCCUGAACAUGUCCUAUCUGUAUGAGGGGACUGUUUUACAAUACAUUACCUGGAUUUCUGAUAAAUAUCAGACAGGAACUGGUAACUAUCAAGGAGAAUGCAGUUUUAUUAAGAAGCUGCUACAACGACAUUGA